GGAUAUUGUAUGGGGGAAAUCCCUCGGGAGUGGUGGACAAAUAUAAAAUAAAAGUAAAAUAAAAUAAAAAUUAUAAAAUGGAAUUGCCUGGGUGGCCAGAUAGAGGAGUUGGGGCGGCGGCUGGCGAUGGCGGUCCGGAUGCAGGUCGUCUUGCUAUAGGCAUAGAUUUGGGCACCAGUUUCUCCUGCGUUGGCAUAUGGACCAGGGGGGAUGUAUAUAUACCAAGGAAUGAGGUCGGGAGCGCGAUGACGCCAUCUGUCGUUGCCUUCACGGCUGAGGAGCAGUUGGUUGGCGCCAGAGCAGUGGCUUUCGGUAAGGUUCAUCCUGAGGAUAUGGUGUUCGAAUCCAAGCGGUUGAUUGGCCGUACGGCUGACGAUGCUUCCCUACAGCUGGACAUGAAGCGGUGGCCCUUCAAGGUGGUGAAGGGUCAAGCCAAUCGAGCGGUCGUUUGGCUUCCGCGGUUGUCCGCGGAAGUCAGUCCGGAGGAAGUAUCAGCGCGCCUGCUCGCGCACAUGCGCGGCAUUGCGGAGGACUUCGUAGGCAAAGGAAGUGCCGAGGGCGGCGGCGGCGGCGGCGGCGCGCAGUCCAACGUCGUCGAUGCUGUCAUUACCGUUCCCGCGUAUUUUAACGAUGCUCAGCGGCAGGCGACGAAGGACGCCGGCGCCAUCGCCGGCCUCAACGUUUUGGAGCUAAUGAACGAGCCGACGGCGGCGGCUCUUGCGUUCGCCUAUCAGCGCUUGCUUGCGCACGGGAAGCGGACGGUGAUGGUGUUCGAUCUCGGCGGCGGGACGCUCGACGUAGCGAUAAUGACGAUCGACGGCGACGAUUUCGAAGUGAGAGCGCUGGCCGGCGACACACACCUCGGCGGCGCCGAUUUCGACGCCAAUUUGAUCCAGCAUGUGCUUGCGACAGUCAAAGAGCGAUACCCGAAUGUAGAAGUCUCGCCGAAAGCUCUUCGUCAGAUACGCGAGGUGUGUGUCCAGGCCAAGAUUCAUCUUUCCUCCGCUAACGACGUCGUCUUCGACAUCCCGAUAUUGCCGAGUAUGGCUGAGGAGCUGGAGGUUAGGGUAACGCGAGUAGAGUUCGACAAGAUGAAUCAGGAUCUGUUCAAUAGGUGCAUCGAGUGCGUGCACGUGGCCCUUCUUGAUGCGGGAAUCACUAAGGAGGAAAUCUCAGAUGUGUUAAUGGUAGGCGGGUCCUCUCGCAUUCCCAAAAUUGCCAAUAUGCUAGCGUCGUUCAUGGGUAAGAGACCGCUGACCUGUGUCAAUCCCGACGAAGCAGUGGCGUACGGCGCCGCUGUCCAGGCCGCAAUCAAGGCUAGCAGAGGGAGAUCCGCCGCUGCCGCCGCCGCCAGCGCCGCCGGAGGUGGGGGGAAUUUCAAUGCCCCGCCAACACAGGAAGCAGCAGCAGCCGUCGAGAUCGGGACAGGGUACGAUCAGCCUCGAUCGGUGCGAUUGCAUGAAGUCGUCCCGCGCAGUAUCGGCGUUGAGCUGGAUGGAGAUGCAAUGCACGUGGUCAUACGGAAGAACUCGCGGCGACCGGCCACAGGAACAUGCGUUCUGACUACGAGUAAAGACUACCAGACGACGAUGCAAUUUCCGGUGUACGAGGGGGAGAGCACGUGCUCGAAAAAGAACCACUACUUGGGGAAGUUCUGUCUGUCGGGAUUCGAGCCCGCGCCGGCAGGAGAGGCAUCUGCGGAGGUGACCUUCAACGUAGACGAGAAUGGGAUUCUCAGUGCGACGGCGCGAGCCCUGACUCGGAAUGCGGAGGGGAGAACCGCCGUCGCCACCAUCACCACGGAUAAAGGCAGGUUGACGUCCCAAGAUAUCCGCAUGAUGGCCAAUCAGUUGAAAGCGUUCAGCAAUUUGGGAGAAGCAGGUGAUCGGCUUCGGACGCAGGGGGGUUAUGCGAGAGAUCAUCACCCGGUGGUCAACCAUGUCAAUCCCGAUCCCGAUCCGUGGUUCGGGCAUCGUAAUAAAGAGAAUAAUCUCUUCUUCCGCGGUCAGCAGACCGAUCAUCAUGGUGGUUGUGUUGAUGGACGACGGGCUUAUCAGUCUGACGUAGGGGCAUAUUUAAUAGAAAGGGGAAAGCCACAGGAGGUGGGACCAGCAUAUCGUUAUCACGGUGGUAUGUGUGGGCAACAGGUGGGGCCGCAGUCGGGAUUUAACCCACAGCUGCAGCGAUCGAUCCCCGUGGUGAAUGAUAACGACAGUCAAAGGCCGCCAAGCCGUGAGCCCACAGUAUCAUGCAAGUGUUGUGGUUGUGCUUUUAGCUGGUUUUGGCGGACUUGAUUGGUCGUGAGGACGUCUUCUCAUCGCAGCCUGCCAGCCGCGCAGCGU